AUGCCUGAUGCAUCUGUCUUGCAAAAUUGGUCUAGUUCUGAUUUUAGGCCAGGAAGGACUACAUUGAGAGGCCAUAUGACAAGCGUUAUUACAUGCUUACAAUUCGAAGAUAAUUAUGUCAUAACUGGGGCAGAUGAUAAAAUGAUAAGAGUCUAUGACGCGAUAAAUAAAAAAUUCCUUCUACAAUUGUCAGGACACGAUGGCGGGGUUUGGGCUUUGAAGUAUUCUCAUGAUGGCAUUUUGGUAAGUGGUUCCGCAGAUAGUACUGUGCGGGUUUGGGACAUUAAGAAGGGAUAUUGUACUCAUGUGUUUGAAGGUCACAAGUCAACGGUAAGGUGUCUCGAUAUAGUAGAAUAUGAAAACACCAACUAUAUUGUAACAGGCUCGAGAGAUAACACAUUACACGUCUGGAAAUUGCCUAAAAAGUCCUCUGCUACUGAUUACGAGAAUGAACAUGACUAUCCACUGCUAUUUCAUACCCCAGAAGAAAAUCCAUAUUUUGUAGGUGUUCUAAGAGGACAUACCGCGCUUGUGAGAGCUGUGUCUGGUCACGGGAAUAUAGUUGUUAGUGGAUCCUAUGAUAACACUCUGAUUGUGUGGGAUGUUGCGCAAAUGAAAUGCCUAUGUAUUUUAAGUGGACAUACAGAUCGUGUCUAUUCUGCACUUUAUGAUCAUGAGAGGAAAAGGUGCAUUUCGGCUAGUAUGGAUACCACUAUUAAAAUUUGGGAUUUAAAUAAUAUUUGGAAUAAUGGAGAGUGGUCUUACGCAACAAACUCUGUCUCUCCACGCACGAAAAUACUUGGUGCCAUGUACACGUUGCAUGGCCAUACAUCCAUGGUUGGUUUAUUGAGAUUAUCUGAUAAAUUUUUGGUUAGUGCUGCUGCAGAUGGUGUAGUAAAUGUUUGGGAUGCGAACAGUUACCUACUAAAACAUUCUUUUGACAAUACAAAUUCUUGUUCGAUCACCGCAUUGGAAAUUACUGAUGUCAUUUUACUGAGCGGGUCUCAAAGCCUACUCAAAAUGUAUGAUUUAAGAAGUGGACUGUGUUUUUAUUCUGAUACUUUGAAUGAUGCUAAUCAGAUUUGGUCCGUUAAACUUAAGGGCCAAACUCUCGUUGCAGCAGUUGAACGAGAUGGACGUAGUUUUCUGGAAAUUCUUAGUCUAGCUGAGAAUUGA